UCCGUAGAGAGAAAUGUGUCCGACGGACUGGUGUUGACUAUCGAGUUGUUCCUAAUGUGACUAAACUUCAGGAAGCAUUUACUUGCGGGAAGACACAUUGUUGAAAUGAAAAUGUGACACUUGGAAGAACAGCAAGCUUAGUACCGAACGAUUUUUUUUGCUGUGACAUUUUGACCAACCUACUAUUUUUGAUAUUAGCAGUAGGCUAGGCUACUUUGUAGAAAUGCUAAAUAACAGCGUAACAUAGAUGUUAAAAGCGACAACCUUUCUUUGCCCCAACUGCUUAAACCUGCAGAGAACUUGGUUGUUACCAUUUGAGCUGUCAUGGCCAUGGAGGGGAAACCUGCUUCCGGAAAAACGAAUGUACUUCGUCUCCUGAUAUAUGUUGGGCUCAAUCCUGCAGCUGUGGCUUAUGCCAUGACUACACUGGGGUCUGGCAUGAUAAACAACAUAUUCAGCUUCUACUAUGUCAAACUCUUUCUCAAUAAGUACAAGAUAUCAGAGGGAGCAUUCCACCAAUCACAAGUGGUGUACAUGGUGUGGAAUGCGAUCAACGACCCUCUGUUUGGAUACCUGCAAGAUAACUCCAGGGUGCCGUGCUGCUCUCAGCGACGUCUCUCCAUCCUGUACGGGGCUCCCCUCUACUCACUGGCUUUUCUUCUAGCCUGGUUCCCAUGGCAGACGUACGCCCCCGGGGACUGGCUGAGCGGCGUGCACUUGACAGUGUCGCUGUGUGCUUUUGACGCCAUGCUGACUUUUGUGCUGCUGGCACAAUGUGCGUUGUUUGCAGAGAUUUCGGGGCACCAUCAGAGCCGAAUAAGACUUGUGAAGUACAACCAGGUGGCUUCUCUCAUUGGUUCCUCAAGUGUCCUCUUCUGUGGUGUUCUUUCCAAAAACAUGGAGGACUUUGCAUCCUUCCAAGCCUUCUCAGUGCUGAUCGCUAUCCUGAGCUGUGGCUGCAUGCUCUACACAGGCUUCAACAGCGAGAGUCGCUUCGACCAAGUAUCAGAUUCAGGGGGAUCUGCUGACCAGACUUCCCAUCAAUCCACAGUUUCCUUCUCCAUGUUGAAAUCUUUGACAUGGCAAAUUCUGAGCAACAGGGACUUCCAGAUUUUUGUGUUCAUGAACUUCUUUCAGGUGUUCGUGUUAGCUUUCUUUAAUAACUUUACCAUGAUCUUUACUGAGCACCUGAUUCCUCCAGAUGUGCUUCCAUCACUUGCCAAGAGCAUCAUGUACGGAGCGGGAUUCAUGUGUCCACAGCUGUUAGUAUUAAGCUGUCAGAGUCUGCUCCACAGCCUUGGCUACUACAGGAUCAUCCUCUACACCUUCUACAUGCAAUCUGGAAUGGCGGCUAUCAUGCUCGCACUCGGUCCUCAGCACUAUUAUAUCCUGGCAUUUUUCCUCACUGUUAAUAUGGUCAUAAUCCAAGCAGCCUUCAGUCUCUUUGGCUUGCCUUUGGCUGACAUCAUUGACAAAGACAUGCAGAAGUACAAGCGCAGUUCCCCUCUCUCCUCCAUGGUGUUUGGGACGAACGCUCUGUUCACUAAGCCGGCUCAGUCUCUAGCCCCAAUGAUCGUGCUGACUAUCCUCAACCAGUUUGGAUAUGAACAGCUGAAGGAAGGAGAAACGGGUUCAAAUCUAAGUGCCUGGGGGAGCCUCCGGAGCGUCAUGUUCUACUUGGUGUGUCUGGUGCCCCUGUGUGUCGCUGCGCUGCAAGUCCUUUCCUGGAGGCUGUUUUCCAUCCGCAGCAGUCACACGGUGGACACAAAGUACCUCGAUAAUUAGACGGUUGAUCUUUCACCAGCUGGAAUUUGGGGAACAUCUUUUUUUGUGCUAUGUGAUAAUGAGAUUAUAUUUGAGAGAAUUCAGGUUUUUACUGAACAUGUACUAAAUUCACCACUGUAAAGAAUCAGUGGUGUAAAAGCACCUGUUUGCUGACAGGUGACACCAAGGAGAUACACUGUAAAUAAUAACUAUAUUUGAAGAAGUGAAAAUAUAACCUUUCAAACACUUUCUGGAUAACUUGACCAAACAUUGUAGAAUUGUAAUGUUAGUGUACGUCUUGGAUUGCGAGAAUAAAGUCAGAAAAAUAUUUGAACAAUUACUAUUAUCAUUAAAAGAAAGAAAUAUAAUUAUUAUUUCCCCUGCCAGUACAA